AUGCUCUCAAACUAAACCCAGAAAAAGGUAUACAUUUCCAGAAAUUAAUUUACAGGCGAAAGUGGAUAAUGUGUGUGUUAAAUAAUUGCAAAGCCUCCGAUAAUCCCUAAUAUUCUUUAGAAUUUCAAGAAAAUUUAUUCGGUUUAAAGUAGAAAUGUCAUUCAAUACCUUGAAUUCGUAGAGUCAGAAAAUAAUUACUAUAUAUUCAUGGAAUAACUAAAUUAAGGGACUUUAGAUGAUAUUAUGAAUACAUCAAAUAUAAAUGAAGAUAAAGCGAAAUGUUAUUUUAGAGAAAUCUUAAAUGGAUUAAAAUCCUUGCAUGAAAAUAAGAUUACUUUUGUAGAUCUUAGUCCUAAGAACAUUUUUAAAAGCAACGACUCAAUUAAAAUAGGACAGAUCAACAUCUGUUCUGAUUAACUAGCAAAUAUGUAAACUGAAGAGGAUUUCAAAAAAUUUGGAAUUGUCAAAGAAAUAAUUCCACCUGAAAUUCUACAAAAUUAAACAAUUUUUUCUAUGGCCUCUGAUUUAUACACUGCAAGUGUUCUCUACUUUAAAAUGAUAUUCAAGAGAUUCCCAUUUAAUGGUGAAACAAAAACCGAAUUGAUUGAAAAAAUCAAAUAAAAUAACAUAGAUUUCACUUGCCAAGAUCAAGCUGUAAGCAUGGAAACAAUUGAUUUUCUCAAAUUAACUCUUAAGUAUGAACCCAGUCAAAGAUUAAAUUGGUCAUAAGUAUACUCUCAUCCUUUGUUGAAAUUACUCAACAUUGCCAAUGAUUAUAUUGUUUAGUCUACACUAUUAUCGAUUUCCAUCAAUAAAUUAAUUACAAGAUCAGAUCUCGUAACAAAGACCUUUGAUUGUGAAAAGAAUAGAUAGUUUUAUUAAGAGAUAGAAUAAAAUAAUCAAGCUGUCAAUAAUAAUAUAGAAGAACCUGCUCAAAAAAGUGAUAAUGCUUUGAAUGAGGAAUCUGAGUAAUUUUCAAAAUAAUUAUCCAUCGUAAAAGAUCUUUUUAAAUCUCAACGAACAAAUUUAUUAAAGAAAUAAGUAGACUAUUACAUUGAAUAACGAAAUAUGUAUUCGAGUCUAUCAGCAACUCUAAGCUAUGUAAGACUCUUUGAUCAGGAAUUUCAGUCAUUUACCUUAUAAUUUGUAAUCUUAAAGAUUAUUUAUCUCAUUUCACAAUCAUUAAUUUAACAGAUUGAUGAGAUUAAAAAUGCUACCAAAUUUGAACAAUGUUUCAAUCAAAAUUUACAAGAAUAAUAUGAUAAUUUUUAGAAAAAAAUAGAUGAAGAACACAAAAUUAUAGAUUCGUAAUUCUCUUAGAUGUUGAGGUUAUCCCAAACAAAUCUAGAAAGAGCAAGGAUGAAAGGAAAUGUUGAUUAGAAAAUAUCAGAUAUCAUCAAUAAAACUUCAUAAUAUACUUUAUUUGAACUAUUGAGAGAUUAGACAAAACUGUUUAUUGCAAAAGUGCCUACAUUUAAUAUAAUCCAAAACGAUCUCAAAACUUAAUAAGAGAUUAUUAUUUAAGUCUUAUUUAGUCUAGCUUUAAUUGUCUCAUACCUUUUGAAAUUGAGUCCUACAUAAAUUCUUUAAAAAUCUCCCGUCGAUUAUCUAGAGUAUAUUAGAUAAGAACCAAUCGAGACUAUUUUAACAGAAUGUAAAUAAAAAUAGCAAAGUAUUGAUUAAUUAUUUGAAAAAAUAUCAAAAGGCUAAAUCAGACAAUUUUGA